AUGAAGCUUCUAGAGCUUAUAGAAGGAGGUUUUAUUGCAAAAUUUGUUAAUUCAAUAAAGAAAAGCGUAUCUAUAAGUAGCGGGUUAGCUAUUAUAAAUGACAUUUUUUCAACUGCAAUUUCAGGUAGGAAAAGCUUAUCGUCUUUUGAUCCAUUACAUUUUAGCUUGCUGUUUUAUAUUUUUUAA